GCCCAGGGAACCAAGCAGCGCUGCUGCCGCCGCUGCAGCCCGAGCUGGAGGAGGGAGAAGCCAGGAAGAAAAUGGCGGCCGUGGCUGCAGAGGCGGCAGCGACUGCAGCGUCCCCCGGGGAGGGGGGCGCCGGCGAGGCCGAGCCGGAGAUGGAGCCCAUCCCCGGCAGCGAGGCUGGCACUGACCCCCUCCCGGUCACGGCGACUGAAGCAUCUGUGCCGGACGGCGAGGCCGACGGGCAGCAGUCUUCUCCCCAGGCCGACGAGCCGCCGCUCCCGCCGCCACCGCCGCCGCCGGGGGAGCUCUCCCGCAGCCCGGAGGCGGCGGGGCCAGAGCUGGAAGCUGAGGAGAAGCUGCCUGUUCGGGUGGCGGAGCCGGCGGCAGCCGCGCCUCAGGGAGGGCCCGAGCUUCCACCUUCCCCUGCACCGCAGCCCGAGCAGCCCCCCGCUCCCGAGGAGCUCCAGGAACCGCCGCUGCCCCAGCCCGCAGCCCCGGCGCUCGUGCCGCCGGCGGGCGGGGACUCCGCGGUGUCGCAGCUGAUUCCCGGCUCGGAGGUGCGGGUCACGCUGGACCACAUCAUUGAGGACGCGCUCGUCGUGUCGUUCCGUCUAGGGGAGAAGCUCUUCUCCGGUGUCCUCAUGGAUCUGUCCAAAAGGUUUGGGCCCCAUGGGAUCCCUGUGACAGUAUUUCCCAAAAGGGAAUAUAAGGACAAACCUGAAGCCAUGCAGCUCCAAAGUAAUACAUUCCAAGAAGGGACGGGAGUCAAGCGUGAAGUGAACGGUGCUGUUCCUGAUGACCCUUCUCCAGUCUCGCCUCCCGAGCCGAGCCUGGCUGAAAGCCUGUGGACUUGCAAACCACCACCUCUCUUCCAUGAAGGAGCACCUUAUCCUCCCCCUUUGUUUAUCAGGGACACAUAUAACCAGUCAAUACCUCAGCCACCUCCUCGGAAAAUCAAGCGACCCAAACGAAAAAUGUACAGGGAAGAGCCUACUUCAAUAAUGAAUGCUAUUAAACUACGACCCAGGCAAGUCCUGUGUGACAAAUGUAAAAACAGUGUUGUUGCUGAAAAAAAGGAAAUUAGAAAAGGUAGCAGUGCAAGUGACUCUUCUAAAUACGAAGACAAGAAACGGAAAAAUGAAAGUGUAACUACUGUGAACAAAAAACUGAAAACUGACCAUAAAGUGGAUGGGAAAAACCAAAAUGAAAGCCAGAGAAGAAAUACUGUGGUUAAGGUUUCCAGUAUUGCUCACAGCAGAGGCAGAGUAGUCAAAGUUUCUGCUCAGGCAAAUACAUCAAAAGCUCAGUUAAGUACUAAAAAAGUGCUCCAGAGUAAGAACAUGGAUCAUGCAAAAGCUCGGGAAGUGUUGAAAAUUGCCAAAGAAAAGGCACAGAAGAAGCAGAGCGAAACCUCUACAUCCAAAAAUGCACACUCAAAAGUCCAUUUCACACGUCGAUAUCAGAGUCCUAGCUCAGGUUCCCUUCCACCCCGGGUUCGUUUAAAACCACAGAGGUACAGGAAUGAAGAGAAUGACUCUUCUUUGAAGACAGGACUUGAGAAAAUGCGGAGUGGCAAGAUGGCACCCAAGCCCCAGUCUCGCUGCACCUCCACCCGCUCAGCAGUUACUUCCUCCACUGAAGUCUUGAACCUUCAAUUUGUAAAAAAACCAGUAUCUGCGAAGCGUAGUAAAGUGAAGCGCAAUAAAACGAGGUCUCAACAAAUGGCAGCUAUUACAUCAGACAGUGACGAGUCCUGCUGCUCCCUUACAGUGUCUGACAGACCACUGUGGAUUCAGACUGGGAGCAUUGAAGUUAACAGUGAAACGGGCAGGUCUGUCUGUGCUAAGCCCUGCCACAAAGUGAAGAGGGCAUCAUGUCACCACUUGAUCAUUCUGAAGUAGGUUAGGCUAGACAUAAAAGAGUUCAUUAGUUCUUUUUCCUGAGUUUUCAUUGACCUUUGUAGCUGGGUGUAUCUCAUAUAGGUGACCGUUUUACUGAAUGAAAGUAACUUUCAAUUGGUAUUACCAGCUGUGCUAAAAACAAGUAGAGCCAGCGUCCUGUGAGCUUCCAUGAAAUGAGUUUCUCCUAGGGCAGUAAAAGUUGAGUAUCAGGUUGUAGAAUUCUGUCAACUAGCAACAGAGUCUUCGUGGAAAGUCAAGUAGUGGAUUUCUCUAUCUUUUCACUAUCUCAGUCUUUGUCACUUUUAUAUUCAUUUAACUUCUUAGUCAUUCUUAGUGUAUAUAUAAGAAUAUAUAUAUAUACAUCUAUGAACAUAUAUAUAUUCUUAGCGAACUAACCUCAGAACCAUUGUCAUUUACGUAAGGAAAGUCAAAAUUCAGAGGGGGGCAAAAGAUAAUCCUGAAAUGUGGCCAUAAUCUUUUUAAGUGCGUUUAUUGAAACUUCUCUGGAUAACGCCUUAAAGGCUUAUUUGGGACUCUUCUACAGCUGGAAAGGUUUAAGGAUUUCUGAUGUACUGCUUCUGAACUUACAAUCUCUUUUUGCUUCCUUGAAUUAAGGCUAUUUAACCCUCUGGUGUGUGCAGCUGGUGGUGAGCUGUAAUUGGGCUGUAUCAUUGCAGAUAAGCUAUAAUUUGCAAGCUGAGUCACAAUGGCACAUUUUGGAUCAGAGAUGGAGGCUGGGAUAUUUUGGACUCUUACCUGGAUUGCAGGGAUGGUAGCUACCCUUAUGGUGAUUUCUUGAGGAAAAAUCAUGUUUUAAUUUUCUGUACAUCUCAUAGGAAUCAUAAGACAUGCUUCAAUCCUUGGCUUUCCUGUCAACCUGAUUAGGCCUAAGGUUGAAGCCAAACAUUGAGUCAUAAAUAGAAGGAAAUGAAAUUGUACAUGGGAUUGACUGUUUACUUUUUUCUUCUCUUUCAUAUUACUUCCAGAGUUCUGUGUGGGUCUAAAUAGUAUUACGAUUGUUAGUUUUAACAGAUGAACUUUUCUUAGUUCAGUGUCAGUUCUAAAAGUGUUAAUCAUUCUGUUUCUUUAGAAGCAAAGACUACAUUCACCUUCCAUUCUGAUGUGUGCAGUGUAGAAGCCAUUUUUCAUUGCUUGCGAAAAAGCAUGAUAGAAUGCCCUGUAAGUUUAUUUUAUAGGCCUUGAUCCAGUAAGUCAGUGAGGCAGCACUGGGAGGCUUAACAUAAGAGCAAGAGUGCUAGCAAAGAAUGGGAAAGACACCUACUUUGAAAUAUCUGGAAGUUAAACACUGGGAAGGAUGGGGGUGGUUUUUCUUUUCUUUCCUGCAUUCUGUGUUUGUUUUGUCAGUUAUUAUUCCACUGAAAACACCAUAGAUCUUUGGCUUAAAAGUACAUUUGACCAAAAAGUCGUCAUUCUCUCCACAAUCACCUCUUUUGGAAUUGAGGCUCUUAUUGGUACUAGUCUCCCAGGCUUGAGAGGCGAUAACCAGGGAUUAUAGAGGGCUUCAAUGGGGUUCUUACCACUUGGUAUUAAAGGGAAGUUGAUAAUGUUGGGCAGAAAUUCUGGUCAUGCUUCCUGGCAAUCAUUUUUAUAAGCUUUGCCCUUUAUAAAUGUUUUGCUCAGGCUUGGUUUUUUUUGGAGGUAUGGUGAAGAGGGCCUCUGCUCAUGAUCUGGUGUGAUAAGGGACGCUGUAUCUAAUGAGUGUACAUAAGUGGCCUUUGAGUAGCGAAAUGGCGCUCUUGAUGCCUUCUGAUGUGCUGUGUGUAGCUCUGGGAAGGCACCCUCCACCCCCCUUUUUUGCUCUUUAUACAUAUGUAGAUAGUAUGCUGUGCAGCUGACUUGCACGUAGCUUGAUUUGUUAUAUAAAUUUGCUCCCAUGUGUAGGCAGCCUGUGCUAGAGGAAGGCCUCUGGUGCUUCAGAGUGGUCCACAGCAGCUGAGGAUUCACAGAGUUUAGUAUUGUUUCUGGUGAGGUAAAGAACAUAAAGCCGCACAAAGAACAAAGCUAAAAUCCCCCCUUUAUUAGGCAAAUGUUCAUCAGGUAUUUUAAAAAAUAUACCCAAGUGCAGAUUGUGUGAAGGUGACAAGUUUUGUGUUGGAAUUUGGCCAGAUGUACCUCGGAAAUAAAAUGAACGCUUCUGGUUUAAAGUGGAAGUAAAUUGUUUUCUCAAAUAUUGGUUAAGUUUAGCUGAUUUAAAAGAAAAAAGUAUGAUCCUAUAAUCUAUGCAGGGCUGAAUUUAAACAACAAGGACAUAAUUUUUCUCCUAUUUACUUGUGCUUAACUACCUUUUCUUCCUUUUCUUUACU